AUGUGGCCUCAAGCCGUUGCCGCCUACAUGGAUCGACGUUCAUUGGCUUCUUCAGCUCCUUUCGGGCCCUAUUGCCUCAAUGGGAUUGACUUUCACAGUACCGAUCCCUCCUAUUACAUGUCGUCUUCCCUCUCCUCCUCUUCUUCAUCCGAUCCGCAAGACCAAGUGCCGUCGAGUCCCAGGCUUCCGGUAGGCCCGCUCGGACUUCGUGAACUGCCCGCCGCCUUGCCCUUGAGCAUGUGGUCGUCCACGCCAGACGCCGCGUCCUCCGCGGCCUCGCCGAACGGACUCUGUUCGCCACAACGUCGCGACGUUGAAUCCAGCUGGUGCCUGACACGAGGAUCUCGAGUUGACGCCGACCAAUCGUCGCCGCCUACUUCCGCCAGCCCCUCAAGCGACUGCACAACCGCGACAAUUGGUCCACUCUUCUCUGCCUCCUCAAGGGUCCUGGCCUCACUUUUUCCCAGUUUGCCCUCACAUACCCCCAAGGGUCAACCCUCCCUGACGCCAAAUGUACCCCUUUCGGCCUGGUGGAACACGAGGCCUCUGCAGCCGGGCAUGCAACCAAUGGACCCUUCGACAGUUGACUCCCUUUCGGCAAAGGAUGUCCUCAAGAAGGAGUCAUCAUUUCUGGACACCAUUCAGACCUCACGGGAGGAGCGUCUGCCAACUACUGCCUACUGGCAGGAG